UCCGACGGCCAGAAAAUGGUCGCCGUCGACGGUGAUUAGAUGGAUUUUUCCCCUCACGUCUCCUCGCGCUUUUGACGUUUUAGCGGUAUUCUGUGGCGUAGUUGGUCGAUUGAAUAGAGUGUCCGAGCAGCCGAAGAGGCCUCAGACUCCCCGUGAACUCCGGAAAUAUCGUCCCCGGCUUUGAUCCGACAAAAGUGUCAGCAUGAGUCAACCGAAGAGAAGUAAGGACAUUACGAAUAAGGACAUCUCGGAGUUGGAUGUUUCGAAAGAAGCCAAGAGUUUCAUCGAUAAAAUUCUCGGUGAUGUCAGCAAGACUUCGGCCACCAAACAGAUCAUCAUUGGCACCACGUCAGGAUGGGCGACUGGCUUUUUGGCGAUGAAAGUCGGCAAAAUCGUUGCAUUCUCGGUGGGCGGUGGCAUAAUAAUGCUGCAAAUAGCAGCUAAUCAGGGAUAUAUCAACGUCAACUGGGACAAAAUCCAGAAGAAAGCUGAAAGAAUAUCCGACAAAGUCGAGGAAAAAAUCACUGGAGAGGGGCCCAACUUCAUGGAUAAGGUCGACAGAUUCGUCGACAAGAAGUUGGACAAAGCCGAGCAACUGAUGAAGAACGGCCAGGCGAAAUCCCGUCGUUGGUAUCAGUCCCUGACCGGUGAAAAUGGCUUCAGACCCCGUGAAAUUCACUUCUUCCUCGCAUCCUUCGCAGCGGGCAUUGCGAUUGGCUGUGCAUCCGCCAACUAGGUAAUGGAUUGCUGCACCUUGAGUGUCAGCGAACAACCCAGCGUACGUGACCCACCCGUGGACACAGCAUCAGUGACAAUUAAACGAGACGCCUACAUCGACGAGAUGAUAGAAGAGCUGAAGGUCAAGAUAAUAGAGAUGAGGCAGUUGUUCACUGAUUUCAUUGAGUCAUUGCCAUUUUAAACACUUGGCGAGACGAAACGCUGGACUCGCUGGACUCUCAUCAGUGAAAAUAAACGAAUUAUUCGCUGAUGAGGGGAUUGUUAUCCUCGAGAUGCAGCAAUCAUUGCUCUUGGUAGAUACUCUCAUAUUAGAUCACCUAGUGGAGUAAUCGUCUAGUAUUAUCGAAGUCAUUGUUGAGGCACAUAAACACGAGUCUAGAGAUGUGACCAAUGGAGUCAACAGUACUUAUUUUAUUUAUUUUUGAGGGAUGAUGUUUAUUCGACAGCUUCAAUGUCUCUGGGAAUAUGCGGAGAAAUGCGUGAGAGUAUUUUUUAUUCUAUUCCAGUUUCUCAUGCUAUGCCUCAACUAUUCAAUGCCCAUUCUCACUCUGAUGAAAGUAAUUUUCGUUUUUUAUAUCGUGAAAUGAUGGGGUAGUGUUCUCACUCUCGAAUCGUGAAUAUAUUGAUGACUGAUAAAUAAAAUCAUCUCAGCAUCCAACUCCAGAAUGUUUUUCGAUAAAUUUGCAUUUGAAGUGAUUUUUUUCGGAGAUUUUUUUGCAUUAAAAUUAAUCGAAUCCCUAGUCACACUCCACCAAACGAAUUGUACCGAGUUGAUAUUCUGUCUUUUUACUCGAAUAUGUCGGGGUCAUUUUCACUAGUAGCUUAUUGAUAGGCAGAGUAAUAAUUCAGUGUAAAAUAUUAUCUUCUGCCCAUGUAAUCGAGUUGUAUAUCGAUGUAGAAUUAACGAUUGUUGAAUAGUAAGUUAAUUUGGGUCAAUCGUGAUGAAUUGUACGAGAUUUAGGGGGUAAUCAGUUGUGAGGUGAUGAUUGAGGGGGAAAUGAUUAAAAUGCUUUAUGAAUUUGAAAAAUA